ACCGGGGCCGGGGAACUGGCAAAGCUGGAGCUGGAUUGCGAACCGGAGUAGCCGCCCGGCUGCCGCUGCUUGAACCAUCCUACACCCUGCGAGGAGCCAGAGGUCCGGGGACGAACGAACCCAGGCGGGGAGGUCCACUGCUCAGCCUGGAAGGGGUGUGGCGCAUCGGGAAGGGAAGCUCCUGAGCAGAUCACUGUGUGUAGAACCUUGGAGAACACAAGGCAUCUUCUCUGGAUCAAGCUAUGGUGAAAGAUGUUUCGCAAAGGCAAGAAGCGACACAGCAGCAGCAGUUCCCAGAGCAGUGAGAUCAGCACCAAGAGCAAGUCCGUGGAUUCCAGCCUUGGUGGUCUCUCGAGAUCCAGCACCGUCGCCAGCCUCGAUACCGACUCCACCAAAAGCUCAGGACAGAGCAACAGUUUAGACACGUGUGCCGAGUUUCGAAUAAAGUAUGUUGGUGCCAUCGAGAAACUGGACCUGUCUCAGGGGAAGAGUCUCCAAGGACCACUGGACCUGAUAAAUUAUAUAGAUGUCGCCCAGCAAGAUGGAAAGCUGCCUUUUGUUCCCCUGGAGGAGGAGUUUAUUCUGGGUGUUUCCAAGUACGGCAUAAAAGUCUCAACCACGGAUCAGCAUGGCGUUCUGCAUAGGCAUGCCCUGUAUUUAAUCAUCCGGAUGGUGUGUUAUGACGAUGGCCUGGGAGCCGGGAAGAGCCUGCUGGCACUCAAGACCACAGAUGCAAGCAAUGAAGAAUACAGCCUGUGGGUUUACCAGUGUAACAGCCUGGAGCAAGCCCAAGCAAUCUGCAAGGUUUUAUCCACAGCAUUUGACUCUGUGUUGACAUCAGACAAGUCCUGAACUCUGCAGUCACGUGGAAGCUGACCCAUCUGAGAGCUCACCUGGUCCUCCAUCUUUCAGCUUUCCAUUGGCAGCGGUGAACUAUUAGAGGGUGUAAUGCCCCGACCCAGUUUUCUAAAGGAAGUGUAAUGUGUAAAAUAUCAGCCAUCAUUAAAAGGCGUCGUUAAUAGUA